AUGUCCCCAGACGUCCGGCUCCACGUCUCCUGGCUGAGCCGCGUGGUCAUUUUGUUCUCCUGCCUGUCACACGCCUUCUAUAUCCCAGGCGUGUCAAUACGGAGCUACCGGGACGAAGAGAACGUACCGCUGCUUGUGAACAAGGUCUACUCGGAUAAAAGUCAGCUUCAGUAUGCGUAUUUCGACUUGCCGUUCGUCUGCCCUCCCACCGGUAACAAACACCAUGGCUCCUCCUUUGCCAGCGGCCAUAGUGUCCCCCUCAAUCUGGGCGAGGUUCUCCGGGGCGACAGGAUCAAGACUUCGGAUCUGGAGAUCAUCAUGGGCCAGGACAUAGAUUGUCAGUAUCUGUGCGAUCGCGUGGUGGGCCGGAAAGAGUUGAAAUGGGCUCAACAGCUGAUUGAGGAUGAAUACAUCACCGAAUGGAUUCUCGACAAUCUCCCCGGAGCUACCUCGUUUGUCACCGUCGAUCGGACUCGGAAGUACUAUGCAUCAGGAUUCAAAAUGGGUUACAAGGACUUUGAUAUCGUCACUGGUAAAGAGAUGUACUAUGUCUACAAUCACCAUACGCUCGUGGUCCGAUGGCGGCGGGCUCCGGGAAAAGCUGGGGAUAAUGGCGGCAAAGUGAUUGUUGGGUUUGAGGUCUACCCCAAAAGCAUUCACGCGGGACAGCGGAAUGAGACAGGCUGCCCGCUCGAUGUGUCGGGUGAACAGGAGCCAUUGGCCCUCUAUAUUCCUGGCAACACCACCAAUUCGAUGGAACAGUAUGCGGAUUCAUCAUACAUCCCGGAAAGCCCCAUUGACAUGGAGGACGGCGCCACCAUGACAAUCCCAUACACGUACUCGGUCUACUUCUUCGAGGAAAACGGGGUGGAAUGGUCGAAUCGGUGGGACCUCUAUUUCAAUGACCAAGCCGAGAGUUCCUUCACCCACUGGUUGGCCAUUGUCAACUCCCUAAUCAUAUCAGGCAUUCUGGGCGCAAUUUGCAUCGUCAUCUGGGGACGGACAAUGCAAGGAGAUGUCAAAGGUCGAGGUGACGGACUCCUGGAAGAAGCCCGAUUGAAGAUCGGCAAGCGCGAGAAGAAAAAGUCAAGCAGCGGGCUGCUGGAGAAGAUCUCAGACAACGGGCCCGAUGAUGAGCUGUCUUCGGAUGAGGAACCACUUGAAGAGAUCACCGGCUGGAAACUUCUGCAUGGCGACGUCUUCAGGCCUCCGCCGUACGGUGGGCUCCUCGCUCCCUUGGUUGGAUCUGGAAUCCAGCUGGUCUUUGUGAUCGUAGGACUGCUGGGUCUCAGCUGCGCUGGCAUCCUGAAUCCGAGCUGGCGCGGAGGGUUCUUGAGCGUGGGCGCAGGACUCUUCGUGUUCGCCGGUGGGUUCUCGGGGUAUUUCUCUGCGCGGGUCUACAAGACCUUCGGCGGUCAGAACUGGCGCAAGAACACAAUGAUGACUGCGCUCCUCUUCCCAGGUCUCUUAUUUGCCCUUGUCUUUGUCCUCAACCUCUUCUGCUGGGCACAAGCAUCCUCGACCGCACUACCAUUUUCCACUCUCUUGGGGUUGGCGUCUUUGUGGCUGCUGAUCCAGCUUCCUCUUGUCCACCUGGGGUCCUAUUGGGGCUUCUACCGAUCACCUGGCUGGGAACACCCGACCAAGACCAAUGCGAUUCCUCGUCAGAUCCCGCCACAGGCGUGGUACAUGAAACAGCAAAUCACACUCGCUCUGGGCGCUGGGCUGGUGGCCUUUGCUGUGCUCUUUAUCGAAUUGAUCUUUGUCUUCAAAUCACUGUAUCUGGACAAGUCAUCCUACUACUACGUGUUCGGGUUUUUGAGCAUCAUCUCGGCUCUCCUGUCCAUCACCAUCGCCGAGACGGUCAUCAUCGCAACAUACAUACAACUUUGUGCUGAAAAUUACCACUGGUGGUGGCAGUCGUUUUUCGUGGGGGGAGCUUCGGGGUUUUGGAUCUUUGUGUACUCGGUGUGGUACUAUGCCACGCGCCUACACAUUGACGGAUUUGUGAGCAGUCUCUUGUUUUUCAGCUACAGCGGCCUUGCGUGUGCAGUGUAUUCGUUGGCAACGGGCACCAUUGGGUUCCUGACGGCGUACAUUUUUGUUCGACGGAUAUACGGGGGCGUUAAGGUGGACUGA